CAUUUAGGCGUUGAUUCCUCUGGUUUUUGUGAGGCUCUCGCUUUGCCCAUUUCCCAUUUUCCCUUUCCCAAUUUCUUUCUGUUGUGUCUCUCAGUUCCAUUUUCCUACUUCCUGCCAAACACGCAGACUCUAAAUCUAAACCCAUUUCUGUACUAUAAACCAAGUAUUACCCUUUUUGAAGUGAGAAAAGAUGUCACCAGCAGAAGGAUCCCGGGAUGAGAAUGUUUACCUGGCUAAAUUGGCCGAGCAGGCCGAAAGAUAUGAGGAAAUGGUAGAGUUUAUGGAGAAGGUUGCAAAGACAGUCGAUGUUGAGGAGUUAACAGUGGAGGAGAGGAACCUUCUAUCUGUGGCUUACAAGAAUGUGAUUGGAGCUAGGAGAGCUUCUUGGAGAAUUAUCUCUUCCAUUGAACAAAAGGAAGAGACCCGUGGGAAUGAUGAUCAUGUAGCUAUUAUUAAGGAGUACCGAGGGAAAAUUGAGGCCGAACUUAGCAAGAUUUGUGAUGGGAUAUUGAAACUUCUUGAUUCACAUCUUGUCCCAUCAGCCACCGCUGCUGAGUCGAAGGUGUUCUAUUUGAAGAUGAAGGGUGACUACCACAGGUACUUGGCUGAAUUUAAGGCUGGAGCCGAAAGAAAGGAAGCUGCUGAGCACACUUUGUUGGCUUAUAAAUCUGCUCAGGACAUUGCGCUUGCUGAAUUGCCUCCUACUCACCCAAUAAGGUUGGGGCUUGCUCUUAAUUUCUCUGUGUUCUACUAUGAGAUCUUGAAUUCCCCAGACCGUGCUUGUGCUCUUGCUAAGCAGGCUUUUGAUGAAGCCAUUUCAGAGCUGGACACUCUCGGUGAGGAAUCCUACAAAGAUAGCACCUUGAUUAUGCAGCUCCUCCGUGACAACUUGACAUUAUGGACCUCUGACAAUACGGAUGAUGUUGAUGAGAUCAAGGAAGCCUCAAAAGAUGAAGCAGCUCCUGGGCAGUAAUGAAAUAUUCACCAAGUCGGAGGAAUUAAAUGAAAUGUAUUUAUGUAACUUGUUAUUUGUUGUGUUUUAGGCGUUUACUAUACUUGGUUUGCUUGUUUGUCGUAUGCAGCGUCAAUGAGACGCUCAAUAUAAGUGACCGUUAUUGUCUUCUUCGUCAAAGUCUUUGCAUUUCAGGCUGUCGUCCUCGGAUGCAUCAACUAAAACCAAUGUAGUAGUCAGUGAUUGUUUGGAUAAAGUUGUACUUCUCUCAACUGGAACUGGUAUUCUUUCAGUUUAUCAAGAAAAUUCUUGUGUAUUUUGGGUAUCAUUAAGAAAAAAGGUUAGACCUUUUGCUUGUA